AUGAAAAGUAUUCUACUUUAGUGCAAUUUCUGCAUAAGUAAAUCUGUAGCUAAUAAGAUACACGUUUUUUCGUGAUGCCUUCUUUUUCAAGACUUCAUAAAAUAGCUAUUAUCAGCUUGGGGGCCGUUGGAGGCGGCCUAGCGUAUUAUCAGUUAAAUAGUAAACAGGAGAGGAAAUACGGCGUGCAUAAUUCGUGGACUACAAAUUAUUCUCCUAGUGUGAAAUGGGAUUCUAACUGGGAUCACCGGGACCCAAAAGCUAUCGUCAAACUGCCAAAGAGCAGCAAACCAGAAGACGACAACAGAUAUAACGAGGAACUAGAGAAGGCGAAGAGCAAAGCUGUGCGGCACAUAUUCAUGAUCAGGCACGGCCAGUACUUUGUUGACGGAGCUACUGAUAAAGAGAGAGUACUUACAGAAUUAGGCAGGAAACAAGCAGACUUGACAGGGCAACGGUUAGCGUGCCUAGACAUAAAAUGGGACCUUCUAGUCCGUUCAACAAUGACACGGGCACAAGAGACAGCCACACUCAUUCAGAAACACCUUCCCGCUGACUUGGAGGUGAUCAACUGCUCCUUGAUAGAAGAGGGGGCUCCAAUACCUCCAGAGCCCCCAGUUGGUCAUUGGAGGCCUGAGCCCAAAUUCUUCCAGGAUGGCGCGAGGAUAGAGGCUGGUUUCCGCCGCUAUUUCCACCGCGCGUCGCCCGACCAGGUGCGGGACUCGUACACACUCCUCGUGUGCCACGCCAACGUCAUACGAUACUUCGUAUGCAAAGCGCUCCAAUUCCCACCCGAAGCGUGGCUCCGGAUAUCGCUGAACCACGGGUCCAUCACGUGGGUGUCCAUCAUGCCCAACGGGAACGUGGUGCUGCGCUCGCUCAGCGAUACAGGCUUCAUGGAGCCCAAGCAUGUCACUAGCCGAAAUUCGUUCUUGCGAGACGCGAAGAAGAAUAUCUUAGAAGACUAGUUAACAGGCAACACAAAAUACGUCUGACCAAUGAACAUAGCCUCG